AUGGCCAGUGCGAGGCCUGAGACAGGGAGGGGAGACAAGGGGCAGCAGGAGCUCAUCGCACAGGUUACUCCGAGUCGUCGUGAAGAGGAAGUCGAGAGGAGGAUGGGGGAGGUGCAGAGUUGCCUCAGCUGCGAGUCUAAGCGCACGUCAACGAGCUCCAAGAGGAUCCCAGCGACUGAGAACGCGAGGAGCUCCUGGCCCGGGGCUGAUCGAGACUCGCCAGUUGACUCGCCCAAGUCACAGAAGAACAUCAAGCUCGGCACCGCCCAGAGAACAUCUAGCAGCAACAGCCUGGAGAAGGUGGGCAUCGGCGCCUACUUCAAGCGAGGCAUGGAUAAUGACGUGGAAGUCUUAGAGAUCAAGACUUUCUUGAAAGGAAGCCCUGCCGAUGUUUGCAAUGACAUCAGCGUUGGUGAUAUCAUCGUUGCUGUGGAAGGGAAGAGCGUAGAAGGAAUCAGUCUAGCAGAGUUGGCUGAGCGGCUCCUGGGACCUCCUGGAUCACAAGUGACCUGCUCGUUCAAGAAGAGGUGCAUGCAGUUGCCUUCGUCGUAA